AUGCUUCGCAAAACUCCGACUGGGACUUGGAUCCCAGCCUGGGUCCCAGAAUCCACCGCCACGGUCUCGGUCCUUCUGCUGGUCUGCUCCAUGGUCCAGUCUGCCACCGGUGGCUAUGAUGGCUCUAUGCUCAACGGCCUCAAUAUCUUGCCUUCGUAUACAAACUAUUUCCAUCUCGACAACCCCGCAUUUACCGGCCUCAACACCGCCUCUGUAUUCAUCGGCGGCUUCUUUGGACCCAUCGGGGCUGGUGUCAUGACCGAUCGCCUCGGUCGCCGGCCCGCCAUCUUCUGGGGCUCGAUGGUCACGCUGCUGGGAAUUCUUCUGCAAACUGCGGCGCAGAAUAUUGCAAUGUUUGUUAUUGCGAGAAUCAUCCUGGGCUGGGGCGCCGCGAUUUCUUCGGUCGCUGGAGGCGUCUAUCUCAGCGAGACGUUUGCGAGUAGAUAUCGUGCAUGGGGCGUGGGAAUCCUAAACAACUUUUACUAUGUCGGCGCGUUAAUUGCCGCCGGAGUCACUCUCGGCACAGGCCAAUGGCAAUCCACCUGGGCUUGGCGGCUGCCAUCCCUUCUCCAAGGAGUCUUUUCGCUUGCGUGCAUUCUCGUGCUGCCAUUUAUUCCUGAAUCGCCGCGUUGGCUGGUCAGCAAGGAACGCUAUGAGGAUGCCCGUCUAUCUGUCGCCCAAACGAAUGCCGAUGGCGACAUCACCAACCCCGUUGUGGUGGCUGUCUACAAAGAGAUUGUCGAUACUCUCGAGUGGGAGAAGAAGAACGACAUGACCAUGAGUCCUCGGGAGAUUAUCAAAUCUCCGACAGCACGCAAGAGAACGUUGAUUGGCGCUUCGGUCGGACCCUUCUCAUGCAUUGCUGGAAAUGUCAUCGCGUCCUACUAUCUCGGAAACGAGCUUGAUACGGCGGGCAUCACGGACCCAAAUCAGCAACUCAAAGCUAAUGUUGUUCUCAACGUCUGGUGUCUCCUCUGCGCAUUUGGAGGGACUCACCUAGCAGCAGUCUGGGGUCGAAAGCCCACCGCACUGCUUUCACAAGGCCUCCUCAUCGUCUGCCUCUUCAUCAUUGGCGGCCUGACCAAGAUGUACCAAGACAAUCCGGAUGGCGCCUCUAAGAGCUUGGUCUAUGGUGACGUCGCUGUGAUGUUCCUCUUUCAGGGAAUCUACUCCAUCGCCUGGACACCUUUGUUGUAUCUCUAUCCGCCCGAGAUCAUGAACUACCCCAUCCGAGCCAACGGACUGGCAUUAUCAGGAUUCGCUUUGAAUGGAUUAGCCUUGCUUCUCACAUUUGUCAUGCCCAUUGCGCUGACAAACAUCACAUGGAAGACGUACAUUAUCAACGGAUCGUGGGAUAUCGUCACGUUUUUCCUGAUUUAUAUCUAUUGGGUAGAAACAAAAGGAAAAACAUUGGAGGAAAUCGACGCUAUUUUCGAGGGAGAGAAGCAUUCAUCUGUGCCCGAUAUCGAGGAUAUCCGGACAGGCAGGAAGACCGUGGAUGUAACACAGAUAGAGCUUGAGCUUCACGAGGAUGUUGGAUUGAAAGAGCAUGAAGCUUGA